GGAAGUGAAGCCGAACCGUGACUGAUUUAUUUAAAGAUUUAGUUUCGGUCAAACUGAAAGUUUAUCACAGUUUUCUUGUUCAGCUGAAGGAGACGAAUGACCGCAGAAACGGUUUGUUUCUGUGGCCGAACGUGAGCAGCAGCAGGCGGGUUAACAAGGUAACAUCGGCCGCUUUACAGACCGUCAGAGAGCUGCUGUCAGCACCGUCACAGGCGGACUGUGGACCUGGACCUCUGGACUCCGCAGCACUGAAACGUCCGCAGGUUUUCCUCAGACUGUCCGGCUGAGCUGAGGCUGACUGUGAUGAUGAAGAGGAGACUCCUGCUGGUGUCUAACUCCACGCUGCACGGCAGCGGGUACCUGGACCACUGCCAGCAGCAAAUCUCACACUUCUUUGGAAAAGAUGUGAAGAGGGUUCUGUUCGUUCCUUAUGCUCUCCAUGACAGAGACGCCUACACCAAGACCGCCAGGGACAAGUUCCAGACUCUGGGUUACGAGGUGGACGGCAUCCACGAGGCCUCGGACCCCGUCGACGCCGUCCGGAAGGCUGAGGGCAUUUUUAUAGGAGGAGGAAACACUUUCCGGCUGCUGAAGAGUCUCUAUGACAACAAGGUGGUGUCAGAGAUCAGGAGGAGAGUGCUGGAGGACGGGGUCCCCUACAUGGGCUCCAGCGCCGGCACCAACGUGGCCACCGUCAGCAUCAACACCACCAACGACAUGCCCAUCGUCUACCCUCCGUCCUUCUCCGCCAUCGGCCUCGUCCCCUUCAACAUCAACCCGCACUACCUGGACGCCAACCCCAACAGCCGCCACAUGGGGGAGACCAGAGAGCAGAGGAUCACUCAGUACCACGAAGAACCUGAUACUCCGUGUGUCCUGGGUCUGAGGGAGGGAUCCAUGCUGCUGGUGGAGGGGAACAAAGCCACACUACUGGGAACCACCAAGGCCAGACUCUUCACCCGGGGAAAGCCGUCAGUGGAGUACGACCCAGGCAGUGACCUCAGCUUCCUGCUGACACAUUGACCAAUCAGAGGGAAGCAGGACAUGAAGGUCUCGUCUUUUCAUGAUUUUGUUCUGGGGGACAGAACUCAGUGGGUUGUUCUGGUCAAAACAAAAUAAAUAUUUUAACAAGAACUCCAUUGUGUCCCUGUGAAGCAGUUUUCUGUUAGCCAAAGGGGCCCCCGACCAAAGGGGCCAUUCGCCUCACGUCUCAGGCAGAGCUGAGCUGCUGCAGAGAUCUCAUCAAUCAGACUGACAUCCGUCCACUAAAAAACACAAACACUAAAAAAAAUGUGAACAAGUCAGUUUAUUUCAGCUCAAAGGUGAAAUCAUCUCCUUAUGAAAUAGUUAAUUUUUAUUCUCUAGGUGAAAGAAUACAUACAUCAAAAAUAGUCCAUAUUUUCUCAUGGCAGAAAGACAGACAGACAGACAGUGGUAUUAAAUAUAAAACACAGUAAAAACCCCUCAAACAGACAGACGGACAGAUGCAGGGCUGACUUCAAAUCACUCUGUUCACGUUUGAUUGUUUUCACUUUUUAUAGUGUCGACGUUUCCAAACUUUUUGUAGAAAUUCAGCUGUUUCUCUGUUC